UUGUUCAUCUCUAAAGACAACUUGCACUUUUACGCCAUUUCUUUUAAUUUUGCAUUUGUUUUCCGUAAGUCAAAAUUCGCAGUCAUGUUGCUAAGUUGGAAAAUUUGUAGACGCUGUCAACAACUGGGCAAUCUUUGCCGCUUACGUUUACAUUCACGUACGGUCAGCAAUUUAACUGACAAACAGACAACACGACUUCUUCCUCGCCCUCCUUCCGCAAUAACAGCAACAAAUCAGAGUCACAGUGUAUUAAGAACAACAGCGGCAUUUUCAGCCGUUAAUUACAGCACAAGUACAACUUUAUCAAAACCAAGUCUGAAGAUGGCCGCCAGCAAAACAUCCCAUUUUGUGCUGCCUAACACUCAGCCAAUUGCCGAUUUGGAGUGCAAAGGCGCCUUUCAAAAUCUCACGGAUAAGGAGAAAUUGUAUGCGCAUUACUUCAGCAAAGCAUCCUGGGAUGGUGGUCUGAUUGCGCUUAUUCAAUCGAGUCCGGAAGCACCGCUAAUCUUCUCGCUGUUGCAUCGCAUUUUUGUGGCCGAAAAACCUGCCGAACUGAAAGUUAAGGCUUUAAAGGCUGGCGCCUCUGAAGAUGAUUUCACUGCAUUCCUUGUCUACACUUGCGGCGUAUUCGCCAAUGCAGGCAACUACAAAGGCAUGGGCGAUAGCAAAAUUGUGCCCAAUCUAACCGAGGACAAGUUCGAGGCUAUCGUACACUCCACGGCCGCUUAUAAAGAUGAUGUGCGUGUGGCCAAAAUCUAUGAAAAGAUUAAGGGAUUGGUUUAUGCGCUGGAAUCGCGUAACGAGAUUCUGGGCUUUGCACCAAAUGGCGUUACCACUUAUUGGUCGGAUAACUGCACCAAGGAGGACUCGGAAAUUGUCAACACUUGGCUAACAUCCAAGCGCAUUGAACCCUACAUGUGUCGCACCUUUAAAACUGUUGAGAAUGGCAAAGCUCUGUAUGAUAUUAAACUGGGAUCGGUUGCCGACUCCAGUAAGGAGGGUAUUACAGUGCCUGUGGAGGAGUUUAAUGGCCAUAAUUUCCGUGUUACACGUGGGGAUUAUCAGCCGCUGUUGCAGCGUGUUAAUGCCAAUUUGCUGGAGGCCAAGAAAUAUGCGGCCAAUGAGAAUGAGGAGAAAAUGAUUGAGCAUUAUGUCCAGGCGUUUGAGGAGGGUUCUCUGGCUGAGCAUAAGAAUGGCUCGAGAUGGUGGAUCAAGGACAAGGGACCCGUUAUUGAGACCUACAUUGGUUUCAUUGAGACCUAUCGUGAUCCCGCUGGCGGUCGUGCUGAAUUCGAGGGCUUUGUAGCCAUGGUGAACAAAGAGAGCUCAGCGAAAUUCGCUGAAUUGGUUACUCGUGCCGAGAAACUUGUCGAGUAUUUGCCAUGGACGCAACCCUAUGAGAAAGAUUCGUAUUUGAAGCCAGACUUCACAUCCCUGGAUGUGUUGACUUUUGCGGGCAGCGGCGUUCCAGCAGGCAUUAACAUUCCCAACUACGAUGAAAUUCGUGAGGAUGAGGGAUUCAAGAAUGUAUCGUUGGGCAACGUGCUGGCCAACAUUAAUCGCAAGGAUCCCAUACCCUUCCUCUCGGACGAGGAUCAAACACUCAUGAAAGAGUACAAAGUGAAGGCAUUUGAGGUGCAGGUUGGAAUCCACGAGCUGCUUGGCCAUGGCAGUGGCAAACUGUUUCGCGUGGAUGAGAAUGGCGCCUACAAUUUCGAUGUGAAGGAAGUGAAGAACCUCGUCACUGGGGAACCCAUCACCAAAUGGUAUUUGCCUGGCGAAACUUAUGAUACAAAAUUCGGUGCCAUCAGCUCGUCGUAUGAGGAAUGUCGUGCUGAGGCAGUUGGUCUCUAUUUGUCGCUGGAACGUGACAUUCUGGAGAUCUUUGGCUUCAAGGAUGCCGCUGAACAGGAUGAUAUUAUUUACAUUAAUUGGCUGAGUCUCAUUUGGAAUGGCAUGGGCGUUGCCUUGGAAAUGUUCAAUCCCAAAUCAAAGCAAUGGAUGCAGGCGCAUUCACGUGCUCGUUUCGUUAUCAUGAAAAUGCUGCUCGAGGCGGGUGAAGAUUUUGUAACCGUCAAGGAGACGGAAGAUGGCAAGAAUCUGCUCCUCACAUUGGAUCGCAGCAAGAUCCAUACGGUGGGCAAGAAAGCGCUGGGCGAUUUCUUGACCAAGCUGCAAGUAUACAAAUCCACAGCUGACAUUGAAGCCGCCUCCAAGAUGUACGAUCAUUACUCGGAGGUGAAUGAGAGUGGAUCGCAUCCAUGGGCCAAGUGGCGUGACAUUUGCUUGGCGCACAAGAAGCCACGCAUCAUUCUGGUGCAGGCCAACACCUCGGCCAAUGAUGGCAAGGUGGAUUUAAAGACUUACGAUGCCACACACGAGGGCUACAUUCAAUCGUGGAUUGAUCGUUAUCCAUCGACCGAUAUUGAUAAUGUGCUGGAGGAGAUUGUUGAGAAGGACAAAAAGUAUUUCCCGAUUGCCUACAAAAACUAGAAACUGCUCAAAGAGUUUUCAUUCGCAUGUAUAUUCUAAAAGAAAUAUAUAAAUGUUCAAGA